UAUAUGUCAUAUGUUUAGUAAAUGUUUUCAACUGAAAUGAGUCUGUUUCUUUCGUAUAUCUUAGUUAUAUCGACAUUUGGCCAAGCAAGCUAUGAUCACUACCGUCUCCCGCAAACUUUGCAACCACAACACUACAACUUGCGUAUUUUAACACACUUGGAAGACGAAGAUCGGCUAUCCUUUUCCGGCGAAGUGGAAAUCGAGUUGCGUGUAUUGCAGCCCACCAGCAAUAUAACCUUGCAUGCAGGAUCGCGUCUCCAAAUGACCUCAAAUCGAACGAACUUGUAUUAUAUGGAUGAGAACGGCAAUAAGAAAAAGAUUGGUGUAAGAGCUGUGGAACGCAACUCGAAAUAUGAUUAUUAUAUACUGGUGCUGGGCAAAGUACUGGAACCGAGACAAAAUUACGCGCUGUAUAUACAGUUCUUCGCCUCAUUUGGGGGAGGAAUGUCUGGAUAUUAUGCCAGCUCGUACAAGGAUCAGAACAGCAAUAAAACAAGAUAUUUGUCUGUGACACAGUUCGAACCCGCUUAUGCGCGUACCGCCUUUCCAUGCUUCGAUGAGCCGGCGUUCAAGGCAACAUUCAACAUUACUCUGGGGCAUCCCACGAAAUACGUUGCUCUGAGUAACAUGCCCAUCAGCAAGAAGAUUCCCAUGUCUGGGCGAAAGAACUGGCUGUGGACCAUUUUUGAGCAAACUUUGCCCAUGUCUUCCUAUUUGGUUUGCUAUAGUGUCAACGACUUUGCGGGUCUUACAUCGCGAAACGAUUUCAGUGUUGAGUUUACCACCUGGGCACGUGCAUCGGCCAUUGCGCAGUGCAAGUAUGCUGCCGAGAUCGGUCCACGCCUAUUGGACCAUUACGAGCGUAUGUUUGAAAUAGACUAUCCUCUUCCCAAAGUAGACCAGCUUGCAGUGCCGGACUUUAGCGCUGGAGCAAUGGAAAAUUGGGGUCUCAUCACGUACCGCGAGGCGGCGCUGUUCUAUGCGCCAGAAGCCUCCUCUGAGGUGGACAAGCAGCGUGUGGCGAACAUCAUUGCCCAUGAGCUAGCCCAUCAAUGGUUUGGCAAUCUUGUAACAAUGAAGUGGUGGAAUGAUCUAUGGCUCAAUGAGGGCUUUGCCACUUACGUCGCUACAUUGGGCAUGCAAAAGCUGUGCAGUAAGUGGCAUGCUUACGCAGAGGAGUCGCUGGAGAAUAUGAUGAUUGUCCUUAACUCAGAUGCGUACUAUAGUACACGUGCCGUUUCCCAGACGGUGAGCAGAGCUAGUCAGUUUGCGGAGCAGUUUGACCCCAUCACCUAUCGGAAGGGUGCGGUCAUCAUCCGUAUGAUGCACAUGUUUAUUGGCGACACGACCUUCCGCAAUGGACUUAACUGCUAUCUGAAGCGGCAUGCCUACAGCAACGCAGAUCAAAGUGAUCUAUGGCGGUCACUCUCGGAUGCUGCACAUAAAUUCGGUAGUUUUCCCAAGUAUCUGGACGUACAGACGGUCAUGGACACUUGGACGCUGCAAGCUGGCUAUCCACUGAUCACAGUGCACCGCGACUAUUCAAGAAACACGAUCUCUAUCAAUCAGAGGAGGUUUCUCAUGCACGGCCUAGAUAAAACCAUGGAAAAGGACAAUUUUUUUUCCAAGGAAUGUUGGUUUGUUCCAAUAAGCUAUGCUUCCAGGAGCAUGGCAAAUUUUACAGCCACGGAGCCACGAGUAUGGUUGCAAUGCGAUAGCCAAGGUAAAGACAUACCUCUCGAGGUUCAAUCGCCACUCGGUGCUAAAGAGGAUCAAUGGCUUAUCCUUAACGUUCAACUGACUGCGCCCUUUCGAGUGAACUAUGACACCAUCAACUGGAAACUCAUAAUUAAAACAUUACAGGGUGGUGAUUUCCGGCGUAUUCAUACUAUGAACCGUGCCCAGCUAAUUGACGAUGCUCUGGCUUUGUCUUGGAAUGGUUAUUUAUGCUAUAAACUGACUUUAGACCUACUUAGAUAUAUCAAACAGGAGCAUGCGUAUAUGCCUUGGCGCGCGGCUUUAGAUCAUUUGGCAGCAAUUUACCGGAUCAUGAAACAAUCUCCGGACUUUGCCGUGUUUCAGCCACAGCACUUUAUGAAUGAUUUGCUGAGUCCAAUUUACGAUUAUCUUGGUGGAAUGGAAACAGAGGCAAAUGGUCGCUGCCGACACCAUCAUAUUGCUCACAAGACAUUGAUCAAUCAAUGGGCAUGUCGGUUGGCUCUUUACGACUGCGUUGAAUGUGCUGUGCAGUAUUACCAUCGCUGGUUUAUUUCCAACGAUCCAGAUCUGGCAAAUCCCGUACCUCAAAACCUUCGAUCGGUCGUAUAUUGCGCAGCACUGCGGCAAGGCGAUGAGUCUGACUGGAACUUUUUAUGGCAACGCUAUUCUAACGCUACGGUGGCCAGUGAGCGACGAUUGAUACUUCAGGCGCUGGGAUGCACACAGAUAGAAUUCGUAAUUCGUCGAUAUCUUAAGAUCAUUUUCGAUGAGAAUUCGUCGAUACGCAAACAGGACAUUUCUUUAGCCUUCGGAGCCAUUGCACGGAGUGACAUUGGAUUCCCUUUGGCAAAAGAUUAUUUUAUGAAUAAUUUUUCGUUGCUAACGAAAUCUUUCGAGUCGAAUUACCGUGAGCUAGCUGCGUUGCUCCUACAGAUAACUCGACACAUAAGUAGCCCUCACGACUACGGGGCAUUGAAAAUGUUCAUCGACUGCCACAAAAAACUCCAGAAGCUAGCCACCCGCACUGUACGGCACGCUGUUGAACUCGCCCAAGUAAACUUGCACUGGCGACAGAAACAACAGGCACAGUUUACUCGGUGUCUUAAGGACCACUACUAAUUAUAAAUAAGGCUAAUGAAUUUGUACGCAACAUGAUUUUUAUAAAGAAAAUCCUCAUCAGCCAUCCCUCUUCAAAACAAAGAUUGUUUUUAUUCGAAUCUAUUUUCAUUUUACAAGUGGUUACAAAUAAAUGAAUCAUAUGUAUGUAUA